AUGUUCAUUGCUGAUGCCGACGACAAAGAUUCAAUCGAGAUGAUGCUGGCCGAUGGACUCAUCAAGUGUUUGCACACCGCUUGCUUCUUCACAACGUUGAAGUCCCUGAGCGAACACUUGUUGAGGAAAGGUGGAGACCAUCAAUGUGCAGACCGCAACAGCUGUCCAGGUUGUCUGCGCAGUGACUUGUUGAUGACACGGUACACUCUUCCCAAUGACCGUACAACCAAGUCGUUCGUAUGUCUGCACGAUGGUUGCUCCAAAGAGUUCGAAGACUUUGGACUGUUGCAAAAGCAUUGCAAGAAAAUGCAUCAAUGUCGAACAUUCGCUAGUUGUCUCAAUCAACAACGCUACCGAACAACUCACUUCACCGCAGCGCCCGAUGACUUGGAGUCGAUCAAGAUGCUGACAGCCAGAGGUCUCAUCCAGUGUCUACAUUCAACAUGCACCUCCUACUUCAAGAAUACCAGGUCAAUCAAGAAGCACUUUAGAAUCUAUCACCCAGGUCACGAUCUAUCAUCCAUAUUUGAAUCAACUCUGAAACGCAAACGAUCCAUGAUGGACGGCGAAGAGGAGGACGAUGAGGAGGAUGAUAAGGAGGACGAAGAGGAGGACGAUGAGGAUAUUGAUAUGGAUCAAGAUAAUGGACAAGAUGGUGAGGAUGAUGAGGAUGUGUCUCUCAUCUUGACAUUUCCAUCAUCACCAACCAACCAUGCAAGCAAUGUCAAGAUCAAGUGUCUGCACUCCAACUGCGAUAAAUCGUUCGCUAUGAGGUACCAAAUGCUCCAUCACAACAGGAAGGAUCACCAAUGUACAGACCACCAGAGCUGUCAAGGAUGCAUGCUCCGACGACUGUGUGCGAUGAGAAAUGAUUCUGCCUCCUUGCCCAAGUUCAAGUGUCAUCACGAUGGAUGUCCAACCUCUCUUGUGAACUAUUCAUCGUUGCGCAAACACUGCCGAUUCCACCACCGAUGCACCAAGACAUACGCAGCAUGUCCAAACUAUCAGACACAUCAAAAGACGAGUUUCUUUGCCGAUCCUGAUGACACUGAAUCAAUCUCAAUGUUGACAGCAAGAGGAUUGUUCCAAUGUCCACACACAUCAUGUGGUCACUUCAUGGCCACUAACAGAGCCAAGAAUCAUCACCUUGCAAAGGAGCAUCAAUGUCCUGAUCCUGCGAGUUGUCAAGGUUGUAUCGAUCAUCACCCGAGACGCUGGACAGGAGCUCCACCCAAUGACAACAAGCAGGAGGGCAAGUUCAAAUGUCUGCAUGACGCUGACUGCACCAAGAGCUUCAUCUCCUCGAGUGGCAUGUAUUAUCAUUGA